AUAACAGAAGAAAACAUUAAAAAUCGACUGACGCAAAAAUAACUGUUCCAAAUCUAAAAAUGUUUUUGUAACAGAAGUUUUUAAAAAUAUAAAAUUAUGGUUAAAUGAGCAAGCUAGAAGCCUACUCUAAGCCAUCCUAACGGAUGCUCGUAAACUCUGGCAAUAUAAGAAUAACCUCCAAACACAUGUACGGUAAAAUAAUAACAGUUACUAAAGUAUUUAUAGUAAGUAGUAGUGUCCGUUAUUACAGCAAAGACAGUAGUAAGAAAUUGUUGGGAUUUCUAGCCAGCAUGCCGAAACCUAAUAGUGGAAGAAUUUUCGAUGCACAACGCCAACGGCAACAAUUAAGUAAAAAGGCAGAAAAAUAUGGUCCUAGUACAGUAUACUUACAAGUCCUUGGCUCUGGGGCUAGAGGUGCUCCUAAUACCCUUUAUCUGUUUACUGAUCAAAAACGUUAUUUAUUUAACUGUGGAGAGGGAAGCCAGAGACUUGCUCAUGAACACAGAGUAAAACUCUCAAAACUUGACCAUAUUUUUAUCACUAACAAAACAUGGAGGAAUAUUGGUGGGCUACCUGGACUCUCACUCACACUCCAGGAUGUUGGUGUGCCAAAUAUCACAUUACAUGGACCUGAUGGACUGGAUGAAUUAUACAAUGCAACAAAAAGGUUUGUGAUUAUGAAAGAUAUGAAUGUUACUAUGGCAAAGUGCAGCCCUAGUGUUGAUUUUGAAGAUAAUGUGAUGACUGUCAAAUAUGUUCUUAUGGGACCUCAAGAUAAUAUUUUCAAAACAGAUUCAACACCUACCGCAAAGAAACCAAAACUCGGUGAUGAAUGUCCUGGUGGUAAAUUCGAAGAGUUCAUUCAUGAUGACACUGACUACUACAGAAGGGAAGCCAAACCCCCAGAAGAACCGAAAAAUAAAUCUCCAAAAACAAAACUAAAAAUAUGUAAUAAAGAUCCUCUAAUGACGAAGAAUGAGAAAGUAUUGCAUGAACUACAAAAACAAAGUCAUUGCACUGUAGCAUAUAUUUGUACUUUGAAGAAACGUCUUGGUACACUUGUUCUAGAGAAAUGUGUAGAAUUGGGUGUCAAACCAGGGCCUUUAUUAGGGCAGCUGAAGAGUGGUCAAGAUGUGGUUCUACCCGAUGGUAGACUCGUACGGUCACAAGACGUGAAGACACCAGAUGAUCCCGGCCCAGUUUUUAUUGUAUUGGAAGUUCCCGAUCUAUCGUACUUGAGAGAAUCAGAAUUUGAUGCUCAUUAUGAAAAUGAAACCAACCCGCCAGAGAACAUUCCAGCCGUUGUCGUACACUAUACGCCUCCGCAUGUACUUAAUCACCCCAAGUACCGCGCCUUCAUGUCGCGGUUCGGCGCGACCACGCAGCACCUGGUGCUCAACGCGCAGAACACGUGCAUGGGGUCGGAGGCCGUGCACCGCUCGCAGCACCGCCUGCACCUGCUGGACGAGGAAAUGUUCCCCUUGCUGCGCGACGCCAGCGUGCCCGCGCUGUGGGCCCCCGGGCCCCGCGUGGGCGCCGCGCUCGACGGGCCCCGCCUCAGGGGCCUCGAGGAACUUAAGAACAAGAUCGCCGAGGCGCAGUUCCAGAACAUCAUCAGCAUGGAGGGCUGGAGCGGGGACGCCGCCCCCGCGCCGCGCGCCCCGCUCGGCGCGCGCACGCUCACGGCGCUGCACCUGCGCCCGCGCCGGCAGCUCGACCGAUCAGCGGAGCCGAAGCUUCAUAUCCAAGAGUAUAUCCAGGAGGCGAUGGAUGUGGACGGAUUCGUCGAGAGUCUAGAAAAAUUCCGAAAACUAGUUGAAAAAAUACGAUACGAGAAAAACGGCGCUCAUAAGGAGUAUCCGAAGGUCGUUUUCCUGGGAACCGGUUCCUGUAUACCCAGCAAGACGAGGAAUACGAGCGCAAUUGUUCUACAAAUUGAUGAACAAAGGUCAAUGUUGAUGGAUUGUGGCGAAGGCACAUUCGGACAACUGGUCCGCUUCUUUGGACCGAAGAAAGUCAACGCGUUCCUGAGAACACUGAAGGCAAUAUAUAUUUCUCACCUACACGCAGACCACCAUAUCGGUCUAAUAGACUUGCUUCAAGCGCGUCGUCAGGCCUUAGAAGAAGUGAACAAAGAAGGAACUCCUGUGUACCUUCUAGCUCCUGGACAGAUCGUCUCCUGGCUGUCCAUAUACGACCAGGAGUUCGAGAGGAUUCGCGAUGAAUUUACACUGAUACCUAAUCAGGAUUUGCUGGAAGGAAAAUGCUCGGAGACGAAUGCGGCGACGAGCAACAUGACGUCAGCCGUGCUGGCCAGCAUCGGCGUGCAGUACAUCCGCACGUGCUACGUGGCGCACUGCCCCAACGCCUUCGGAGUGGCCAUCGACGUGGACCAGCAGUACAAGAUCACCUACUCCGGGGACACCAUCCCCUGCCCGGAACUCGUUGAAAUCGGUAAAAACUCAACACUUUUAAUCCACGAGGCGACAAUGGAAGACGAACUAGCGGGGGAAGCGCGUAUAAAGAUGCACUCAACUACUUCCCAGGCCAUAAACAUCGGGAGGGAAAUGAACGCCAAGUACACAAUUUUAACGCACUUUAGUCAGAGAUACGCGCGACUGCCCAGACUCAAUGCGCAUAUAUUGAACGAUAACAACACCGUCGGGAUAGCUUUUGAUAAUAUGCAGAUAACAAUGGACGACUUAGAACUCCUUCCACACAUGUACGCCCCACUACAGCUGAUGUUCGCCGAACACUGUGUAGAGCUAGAAUUGAAAGCGGCUAAUCGAGCGCGGAAAGAGGAGAGGCAGAGAUUAUCCCCCACCCCACCCACGUUGGAUUCUAAACGAAAUUAUUCAACAUACAACCAUAAAGAAAAAGACACGAAUGUGAACAUACAAAAUGGAACCACAGACAAUAUGAACACAGACCAUCAGAGCAAUGGUGAAAAUAUUACAGAUAACGAUCGUAAUAUUAUCAGCUUUAAACGGAAGAGAUCACCAUCUUGUGGUUCCCGCGUUCCUGCACAGUACAGAGAGAGUCACGCAUCUCGCUUAAGACAAGAAAGGUACCGUAGCUUAUCUGAUGACCGAAAGAGAGGACAACGGAGUACAUCCGGUUCGCCGACUAAAAAUUUUACAAGAAGUUUCUUGCCUAAACAACUUCUAUCAAAGGAUAGUGCUCCACAGUCUCCUGAAAGAGGUUCAGAUGCCACACCUCGGACAGCAAGUCAAUCGUCGAAUUUAUGUAAAGAUGUCAAAAAAAAUCAUAAAACAUCAUCCAAUAAUAAUCACGCGGAUACAAAUUCUAAGACGCGCAAUAAGGUUCCCACAAUUGGAUUCUCCCUAGUUGAUGCCAGUAACAAUAAAACUAAUAAAAAUUUGAAUAAGCACAAGAAGGCCCUUUCUUUUUCUUGUCCGGAAACGAAACCUAAUUCCGGUUACGGAAAACCUUUGAUGACUCCUAUCCAUAAAAAGCUGAUUCUCCGUCAAGAACUCUGCUCAAGAACUUCGUCGGCAAGCGACGACAAAUCACCCUCCCGUCUAACGAGAUCUCGAACUCCUACGUUGGGCAAAGAAAACAGACCCACAUUAAAUGCAGCUUCUUCAAAUACACGAGUCAUACAUCAACAAAGAGCGUUAAACAUUCGAAUGCUAGACAUUAUGACGAGUAUAUUGUACCAUUUACUUUUUUGGAAGCUCCAUCACGUCGUCGCCUGUCUCUCGCAUUUGCAAUGGCAGUUAAUGAUAACAAUAAUCGCAGUUGGUUAUUUGUUUUGGACAGCUAUUAAUACUGUAUCCGGAAGUAGGGAAAAAAACCCUGGUAUUUCUACUAGUUCCAACUCGAGAUCCAAUCCAAAGAGCUCAAUUACGAAAACGAUGCCUCUGACCAAACCUCUUAAACAACCAAUAACGCAACAAAGGAGUAGCUCAAGUUCAAGAAGACAAUCGUUAGACAGAAAAGAUGGUGAGACACCUACGUCAAAGAGGCAAUUAAGCAACAGUCGACUACCAGUUGUUCAAAAGCGUAGUUCAUCAAGGGAAAAUGAUAAAAAUAUUGAAGCUGUUAUGAAAUCAACAUCUUCAUCUCGCGAAAGUUUACAUGCAAGAGGAAGGACGUCCUCGGUUAGCAGAGAUGGUAAGCCUUCGCCAAUUAAUGGGAAAAAAUUUGCAAAUCACAGCAGUAAAAGUUUUAAGCCACAGUUAGAAGAUAUCAAGAGUUCAUUUUUGUUACUUAACAAAAAUAAAGAUGCUCAAGAAAACAAUGAAUUUGAUAAAAUGUUUUUGUCAAAGUUGCAACCAACGAGAGAAAAACAAAGAAAUGAGAAAUUAUUAGAAGCAAUGAAGAAAUUUAAGACUAAAAAAUAUUGGAAUGAUUCAAAAUAUGACAAAAUAGAGGGACUAAACUGGAUAACAUGGAAAUAAACAUUUUUAUUGUAAAUCAAUAUAUUUAUGUUCUAAACUUAAAAAGUGACAAUGAUAUUACAGUGGGCUCU